UUAGAUCCUCGUACACUUGAUUUUCGUUUUCAACAGUGUCUAUCUGAAGAAAUGGGUUUAAAAAAAGCAAAACACAAACUAAGCGCAAUAUUCCGCGUAGCGAUGAGAAACGCCGGUAAAAAACCUCCAGACGCCGCCGAAACCGCCGAAAUCGUCGCCGGAGAGUCUCUUGAGAUGAGUUUUAUUGAUCAAGGAUUAGCAUCAUGGGGUUCAUUUCCGGACAUUCUAUUACCGCUCAAGUCUUUCAUGGAUCCGUCCAACACUGGACAGCAAGAUUCUGAGGGAACGUCACUGGCGGGUAUAGUCUCGACUGGCUUUGGUGUUAAAUAUAGGGAAAGAAAUAACGAUAAAGCUUAUUCCAAGAAGAAGACAUUGGAGUUGUCUGCUUUCCUAUCUGGGAAACUCCCUCCAUCGACAAAGAAACAACACGUGGCGCGUGGGAGGUUGCAGUUCGAGACUUUCAAGAAAAACCAGUCACAGCUUAUGAAGAAGCUUUCAAAAGGGUGUGCUCGGAAGCUGGGAGAAGAGACUACCUUUGAGGUGUUGUUUAAAAUGGGGAAAGAAGCGGGUGAGAGAGAGUACAACGCGAGGAUUCAGCUUUGUGUAGAGAAUGCGAGGAGAAGUAAUGAUGCUGAGUAUGUUCUUGAUCAAGUUGGGAAAGCUAUUGAGUAUCUGAAAGAGAUGAGACAAGGAGGGUUUUCUAUAAAGGAAGGGACUUAUGGGCCGUUUUUUAGGUAUUUGGUUGAUAUGGAGAUGGUGGAGGAGUUCCAGAUUUUUAAAGAGUUCAUUAGGGAGGCUAGUCCUGAGUCUAUUGAGAAGAUUGUCUACUAUGAGAUGCUUCUUUGGAUCCAAGUCAAUGAUAAGGAGAAGAUCCACGAGCUUUGUAAUACAGUUGACGAUAGUGGGAGGAUAACUUUAUCAACCCUACAAGAAUAUCAUUUGGUUGCACUGUGUGAGAAAGACAGAAAGGAAGAUCUUCAGAAGCUUUUAGAGAUAGUCGACAUAACAAAAGUUUCUUCACCGGAAGUAUUGAAAAGCGUAUUUGAAUACCUUGGAAAUUCACUAUUGGAGUCUGUUGCAAGGAAAUUACUUUGGGAACUAAGAGACUCUGGUGAAGUGGAGACAGUUUCAAAUCUCAUAUUUAGCUAUGCAUCCUGCAUCGCAGUCACCACGGUAGAGGAUGCCAUAUUGAAGUUUAACAAGUUGCAUGAAGAACUAGAUAUUGUGCCUUCAUCUACAUCUUAUGAAAAGCUCGUUGGUUAUCUUUGUGGCUCGAGUGAGGUGGCCACAGCUCUUGAUGUAGUUGAAAAUAUGUGUGAAGCAGGUCUCGAAAUAUCGGAAAACAUCCUACAUUCAUUAUUAGAUGCCAUUGCUCAGAUUCUUGAGUUUGAUUUGGUACAAAGAAUCCAUUCAAUAUUGAGCAACAAGUGUGUCAAGCCAAGUAGUGAGACUUUCAGGAGAUCGAUCAAUUUGUGCAUAAGAAUCAAAGAUUUUGAAGGCGCAUAUAAUAUGCUUGGUAAUUUGAAGAAUUUUAAUUUGGCUCCGAACUCUAGCAUGUACAAUUCUAUUAUGGCAGGAUAUUUUCGAGAGAAAAAUGUGGAUAAGGCCUUAAUGGUACUCAAGGAAAUGAAAGAAGCUGAAAUUAAACCUGAUUCUGUGACGUUUAGCUAUUUAAUAAACUAUUGCGACCAGGACGAGGCUAUUGCGGAGUAUUAUAAGGAGAUGAAGCAAGCAGGAGUUCAAGCUAGUAAGCACAUAUACAUGUCCCUUAUAAAAGCAUAUGCAUCUUGCAGACAGUUUGAGAAGGCAAAACAGGUGCUCAUGGACCAAGAAGUACCGACUAAGGAUCACAAUGAGCUGAAAAGUGUUCUUAUACAUGCUCUGGCGUCAAAUGGAAAUAUAACAGAUGCCUUAAGUAUUUAUGAAGAAAUGAAGGAAGCUGGUUGCUUCGUUGAUCCAAAAUCUAUUAUAACUCUUAUAGAUCACGUUGAUUCAAACGAAGAGUUGACAACGUUGGCUCAACUCGCUCAUGAGCUGCAUGAUUCUAAAUAUUGGAUAGAUGGUUUCUUUAAAAUUGUUGUGUUUGCUAUCCGCAACAAUAAGUCGAGCUCUAUUCUUGAUUUGUUGAAGGAGGAGAAAAAUGACUUGUCCAAGGAUGACAUCGCUGUGGAAUAUUGGUUGGAAGAGGUGUUUAGGUCAAUAGCAGAAACAGAGCCUAGUGAUGUGAAGCUAGGGCUGGAGUUGUUGAGCUUUAUGAAGGAAGAGCUUGGGUUAUGCCCUUCAAGAAAAUGUCUAGAUUUUCUUCUACAUGCUUGUGUCAAUGCCAAGGAUAAGGAGACCGCUCUAGUGGUAUGGAAAGAGUACCAAUUUGCUGAACUCCCUUACAAUGUUCUCAACUAUCUAAGGAUGUAUCAGGUGCUAGUGGCUGCAGGAGAUUCAAAAAAUGCAAAGGAAAUAGAAUCCAAGAUUCCUAAUGAUGAUAGAGAUGUCAGAUGUAUAAUCAAAGAAAGCCGUGUUGUAUUUACCCCAAAAUCAAAAAGGAAAAUGCCGAAAAAGAAACGAUUAUCUUGCCAAGCAAAGUAGGAUCAUCAAAUAGAGCCCCCAAUUGUAUGAGAUGUUGUACAGAAAGAAACACAAUUUGCCACUAGAAUGGCUGAGGUUUUUUAAUGCCAACGCUAAUUGCAACAUUUACUGUUUUUAUGUAUUCACCCCGAGGAUGAAGCCGUUACUGUAACAGGGAAGGUUGCUGGACUCUGCACAAGUCCUCACAGGUGAGCGAAAAGGGUUAGGAGCAACCGGGUGAGAGAUAUUACGCAAAACCGCCUUUGCAUUGCCGCAAGCAUCUUCUGUCAUAUCAGUGAAGAAACCAGGGAUGCGCAGAUUGUUCACUACCUCAACUGCUCCUGACCAGCUUGAGUACUUGUCCAGUUCACAGUUCAAGGCUACAACGAUGUCUGGUGAUGCCAGGUACGUUACCUCCUCUUGGUACAAGCCUUUCACAAAGCUCACCUUGACUCUGCUGUUAUUUGUUGUAGCCGAGGUGGUUGCAGAUAAGUCAAAUGGAACUUCAGGUCCAACCAUUAUGAUUUGAACGGUUCCUAUACCGUUAAGUAAGUGAUUGAUCUCUUCAAACGCUUUAAGCCAGUCAAGUUCUCGUUCUGGACCUAAGUAAUGAACAGUCACUUCUUUCCCUUUGAGCAACAAGUUCUUGGAAUGGGUGCUUAGUGUUGUUAAUAUGUGGUAAAGCGUUAAAGGGUAUGAGAGAAUGUCAGAAACAGGGCUUGAUGGUGGUAAACACCUAACAUCAUAGUAAUCUGACCAAUCUGACAAGAGGAUCAUACCCGGUGAACGCCCGUUCAGAUUCUUAACCGGUAAAUCCUGUGGAUAAUCACCGUCCUGAAGCCCUCCCCAUGAUUCAGCAUCUGAGGAAGAGCCAUGUAAGAGCCCAAAAGGACGCUGAGAAUAACAACCACAUUGUCUUCUCCACAUUCCCUUUUUGUGGACACCCAAAGAUACAAGCCAUUCACAUGAGUUUUCAGCAUGACAGGAGAAAGUGAAGAUCUUCAUCUUAAGCUCUUCUUCUCUACUCAUCAUAGCUUCGUAGAGAUUACAAACACUCCGGUGCAUCUCUCGCCAGUGCCGUUUCUCACAUUCUGAACCACAGUAGAUGGUUGCACGGCAAUGACUACAACAAACAGACUCAUCUCUGUGAACAGAUUUGUCACACAUUGUGCACUUUCUUAAACCAGCUUCUGCACCUUGACCAACACCUGAAACUAGUUCCAGUUCAUCAUCAUUGUCUGCCUUCACCGCAGUUUUAUUCAACUUCUGCUCAUAUGAUUGACCAGGCGGAUGCGAAACCGUGACAGCAACAAAGUCAUGUCCUAUAAACAUCUCUGGUGGCCACUGAACAUCAACAGUCUCUAUAAAAGGCGAAAACUUAAUCAUCCUUGGCAAUCCUUUGACUUGUUUCUCCUCUUGAAGCAGCAAAGGAUGAACCAAAGAAAGAGCUUUCAUUACAGCAAACACAAGCCUAAGCUCUUCAAGUGUUGGGUUUCUGAACUGGAGCUCACCAGAUGUCAUGAACCGGGCAACAUCGAUAACCGGAAACCGAUCAUUUCCAGAUGCUUCUAAAGACAACGACUUAACCAUUCUCUUGUUACAAGGAAGCAUAAGUGACUCAAGCUCAUAAGUAACCCUUAAAACCUCAACGUUAGGAACUCUAGCCAUUUCCCAUGGGUCAUCAUCAUCAGUCAUCUUCAGUGCAUAGCUCAUUGAUCUAUACAUAUAGAUUGCUAUAUCACCACCAUCUCCUCCUAUGAACUGAACACACUGAAAAGGCUGUCUCUUUCCUGACCAAUCAGAGUCUUUUCCAACACGAACACCAAACAAAUGACCUGGUCUGAGCCUCUUCCAUGGCUCACUUCUGUAUAAAGAAGCUGAAGCUCUGAAAAUGGAAUGGAUAAUGUUGGGAGAUAUACCUUCAAGAUUCAUCAGGCAAACACCUGAUCCAGGUCCAAGACCUGGACCUGACCCGAACUGAUCCUGGAAUCUACCAAAUAAGUUCUUCAAAUGCAAAUCCAUUCUUCAAACGUUUCUUGAAAAGAGUAGUUAGAUCUGAGUGAAGAAGGAGCUCUGUUCAAAAGAGUUGUUCAGUUCCGAAAAGCAAAAGCAGAGAAAAACAAAACUUCAGAUGAAUUUGAAUUCUAGAAGAAAGCAAACUAUGGUUUUGUGCAGUUAAAACGGUCAUGCCUCAACCGACAAAACAAACGUAAAAAGCAGUAUCUAUGCAUAUUUUAAAAUUUUAAGAUAAGAGAUGUUAUACCACAGAAUGUUUCUACAAUAAAGUGUAUGCUUAAUGAUCAAUUGACAUCUGAUGCUAUUUCAUCAAAAUUCUUUUUAGAGAGUAAUG